AUGGACCUCUUCCGCAAGAUUUUCGGGAGGAAAAAGACGGCGACGACGGCGGCGCCGGCGCCGGCGCCCGAGAAGAAGCGCGCCGCCGCCGAGGCCGCGCCGGCGCCGGCGCCGAAGAAGCCCAAGAAGGACAACACCAACGUCCUGCGGCGCGUGAACCAGCUGCGGGACCUGCGCGGCCGCCAGGCGCUGCUGUUCACGUGCCCGACGCGCCAGGAGCGCAAGGCGGCGUCCGAGGCCUUUGAGCUGCUGCAGGAGUACGCGGAGCGCGUCGCGCCCGAGGCGUUCGCCGCGGCCGCGGCGGCGGCGCCCGGCGGCUCGCUGGCCGACGCGCUCGCGGCCGAGGCGGCGUCGAGCAGGAAGGGCGCGAAGAUCGUCCUGCACGAUCUCGGGUCCCAGGGCCUGCUCUACGCGACGGUCGACAAGCGCGUCGACGUCGUUCGCCUCGCCACGCUUCUAGCCGAGGACGCCGCCGGCGCGCCGACGUCCGCCGCCGCGGGGUCGAAAUUCAUGGUGCGCGUCAUGCCGCUGCAGACCGUGGGCUUCGCGGACCUCGCGGCCUGCGUCGAGGGCGCCGCGCCGCUGAUCUCGGAGGCGUUCGGGGGCCUCGGCGCUCCGGCGGGCGCGACGCUCCUGGAGGCGGAGGAGGCGCGGCGCGCGGCCGGCGGCGCGGCGCCCGCCGGCGACGCGGACGACGACGACGACCCCGUCGCCAAGGCGGCGAAGAAGGCCGCCGACGAGGCGCCGGCGGACCCGGGGACGGCGCCGCCGCGGUCCUACGCGAUCCAGCUCAAGCGGCGCAACGCGGACAGCUUCCCCAAGGACAUCGCGAUCCGCGCGCUGGCGAAGCUCGUCCCGCCCCACCACCCCGUGGACCUGAAAACCCCCGACGUGACGAUCCUCGUCGAGGUCUACAAGUCCCUCUGCGGCGUCGCCGUCGUCGAGGGCUACGCGAAGCACAAGGGCUUCAACCUCCACGCGUGCGCGGGAAAACAGGCGGCGCCCGUGCCGAAGAAGAAGAAGACGUAA